AUGGGUCGGAAUAAGCUUCCAAUGAAAAGAAUCGAGAACAACACAAGCAGAUUGGUCACAUUUUGCAAACGUAGAAAUGGACUCAUCAAGAAGGCUUACGAGCUCUCCGUUUUAUGUGAUAUCGACAUUGCUCUCAUCAUGUUUUCUCCCUCCGGUCGCCUCAACCAUUUUUCCUGCAAACGGAGAACCGAGGAUGUACUCAACCGAUACGUAAAUCUCUCCGACUCCGAAAGAGGAAGUGUGAUUCAACAUAGAGAGUAUUUAAACAGCCUUCUAAGCAAGAUCAGGAGUGAAAAUGAUUUAGCCAUCCAUAUUCCUUGUCCCGGAGCGAUCGAUAUGCAAUCCGAGGAAAUCCAUCAAGAAAUUAGCACCUUACAACAUCAACUACAUAUGGCCAAGGAACAAUUAAGGAUAUUUGAGCCGGAUCCAACAACCUUCACAUCACUUUACGAUUAUGAAUCGUACGAGAAAUUAAUUUAUAAAACGUUAGAUCGUGUUACACAACGCAAGGAAUAUUUGUUAAGUAACCAACCACCAGCAUACCAUCUAAGAGUAUUACAGGGAGAAAGUUCAUCAAAGAAUGAGGAUAUCAAUUGUUGGCCGGAAAAUGUUUGUGACGGUGCUAAUCAAAUGAACGGACAAAACCACCAAAACAUGUUCACCACAGCUUCACCCGAAAACACCUUUGAAGCCACGAGGAACCAAUUGACAAAUGCAAUAUUUGACCCAUUGCCAAAAUCAACCAUGAAUGAGGAACCACAAAGCAUUGAAGGGUUUCAGGGUUGUAACCAAACUGAAGAGAGCCUUCAACUAUGGCAUCAGUCAACUGAUGAGUUCUUAUCUUCUCUUAUGACUCAUGAUGUCACUUUCUCAGUGACCAAGCAAAAUGAAAUGGGGAAUCCAAGUGGAGGAAUGGAAAUGGUGCCCAAUCAACAAGUAGAUGCCUCCUUAUUGUGUCAUCAAGCAAGAAGUUUGUGA